AUGGACUCCCCACCAGGCACACGCUACUUCGACGCCAAGCUAGACGAUGGAGUCGAGGAAACCAUUCUCCCUCGUCAGAACAAGACCGGAACUCACGUCCGGUUUCCCGAACCACACAACCCAGAACCUCGCAAUACGCAAAAGCGUGACACUCGUAACACAGGUCGUGGCUGGGCUAAAGGCAAGAAGGGUCGCGGGAUCGAGAAACGGCGGCGUGUAACCAAACCCGAAAUGGAAGCAAAGUACGCGAGUCUCGCAGCCGAGUACGAGGAGGAGAAACGGAACGCCGACGCCCGCAUCAGCGACCAGAGCGAGAUCAUCGCCAACCUCGAAAACGACAAGGACCGACUUCAAGAACAAAACACCGCGCAACAGGCUCUUGUCGCUGAGCUGGAAAAGAAACUCGUCAAGACGAACAAGACCAUCGAGCAGCAGAAGAAAUUGAUCUCACAGCAGGAGAAGGCUCUGGCCGGCAUGGCCAUGAAGUUUGCUCUCGGCGAUCUCGACAACACGGAGAUUCGUCCCAAGGUUGAGCGCGACUGA